AUGGACCUUCGACACGGCUCGUUGCUCAAUUGCAUUUGUUUUGAUCGGCCUGCUCGACCUAUGGUGGUACACGUGAAUGCGCUUCGCCUGACUGGAGUUAUUUGCCGCCAACGUUGCCGCCAGUUAUCCUUGAACCUUGGGAAAAUGGGAAUCCAGGGUCUUUCUAAGUUGAUUGCUGAUUAUGCUCCGUCCGCAGUGAAGGAGAAUGAUAUCAAGAACUACUUCGGUCGAAAGAUUGCCAUCGAUGCCUCAAUGAGUAUUUACCAAUUCCUCAUUGCUGUGAGGCAAGAUGGGAUGAAUCUGACCUCAGCUGACGGGGAAACAACAAGUCACCUCAUGGGCAUGUUCUACCGUACGAUCCGCAUGGUCGACAAUGGCAUCAAACCCGUCUACGUGUUCGACGGGAAACCACCCGAGAUGAAGAGCGGCGAACUGAACAAGAGACAGGAAAGGAGAGAGGAAACUCAGAAGGCUCUGCAAGUUGCUGAGGAAGCAGGAAAUGUGGAAGAAGUUGAGAAACUGAACAGGAGACUGGUGAAGGUCACGAGGCAGCACAAUGAUGACUGCAAGAAGCUCCUCCAGUUGAUGGGCAUUCCUUAUGUUGAAGCUCCAUGCGAAGCAGAGGCUCAGUGUGCAGUCAUGGUGAAAGCGGGGAAGGUGUUUGCGACCGCCACAGAGGACAUGGACAGCCUCACCUUCGGCUCCACGGUCCUCCUGCGGCACAUGACGUACUCUGAAGCCCGGAAGAUGCCCAUCAAGGAAUUUCAUCUCGACAAGGUUCUGACCGAACUCAACCUGACGAGGGAUGAGUUCAUUGACCUGUGCAUCUUGCUUGGUUGCGAUUACUGCGAGAGCAUCAGGGGAGUCGGUCCAAAACGGGCCAUAGAUCUCAUCAGAGAGCACCGAAGCAUCGACAAGAUCCUCGAACGGAUAGACAAAUCCAAGUAUCCCCCUCCUGAACACUGGCCCUAUGAUGGAGCUCGGGAACUUUUUCAGAACCCAGAUGUCUUGAAUCCUGAUGAAAUUGAUCUGAAAUGGAAUGACCCUGAUGAGGAGCAGCUGAUUGAGUUCAUGGUGAAAGAAAAGGGAUUUGCUGAAGAGCGAAUUCGCAAUGGAGUGAAGAAGCUUCUCAAGGGAAGGCAUUCUUCUACUCAGGGAAGACUGGAUGGGUUCUUCACUGUCACAUCUAGUACACCUGCAAAGCGGAAGAGUGAUGAAAAGUCCCAGCAACCGAAGAAGAAAGCCAAGACUGGAGGGGGUGGAAGGGGAGGAAGAGGACGGCCCAAAAUGCCUUGGGUGUGGAGAGGAGUGAGGAGCGGGGCAGGUAAACGGCUGGCAACGACCAUGAGCUCCAUUUCUAGUGAUCGCCACACUGCUGGCAUCAUUGUCAUCGGUGAUGAAGUCCUGAAAGGCCAGGUUCGGGACACCAACUCCCAUUUCUUGUGUCGGGAGCUCACACGCCUUGGGGUCCAAGUUCAAAAGAUCUCGGUGCUAGGAGACAAUGUGGAGCAGAUUGCUGAAGAGGUGAAGGUCUUCUCCCAGACCUAUACCCAUGUGCUGACAUCAGGUGGGAUUGGUCCCACUCACGAUGAUCUCACUUUUGAAGCUGUGGCAAAGGCAUUCGAUGUUCCUCUUGAGAUGCAUCCUCAACUUCAGGCCUUCUGCAAAGAGUGGUUCAAGACUGAUGACCUCUCCUCUCCUGUCUUCAAGCUCAGCAUGGCAAGUGUACCCAAGACUGCUUCCUUGAAUUACGGCGAAGAUCGGGAGAAAGGGGUGAAGUCCCGCUUCCCAUUGAUCUCUGUGAAGAAUGUGUUCAUCUUCCCAGGGAUCCCACAACUCCUUGAACGUGCCAUGACAUUACUGGGCGGGAAACUGUUCCACAAUCCUGCUUACACACGCCACAUGGAGGAUGUGUAUUUGAGGGCAGACGAGGUCACCAUUGCACCUUCUCUGAAUCAAGCUGUCAAUCAGUUUCCUGAAGUCACAUUUGGUUCCUACCCUGUCAUUCAUCACAGUUAUUAUCAAGUACAGGUGACUAUGGAAUGUGAAGACAAUGCUCGCUUGUCUCAGGCUAAACAAUAUUUUAUCAAUCUUCUCUCUCCUGAAUACGUGCUCAAGUAUGAUCGGAAUCCUGUCCUGGACGGUUGGGAGAAAGUGAAGGCCUUCUCCGAGAAAGAGGCAGACGAUGUACAGCGGGGUCACAUUUCACAGGCUUUAGAAAUCCUCAAAAAGGCUUAUGAAAUGUACAGGCCCGAAGAACUGUGUGUGUUUUUCAACGGAGGGAAGGACUGCACUGCCGUGCUUCACCUCGUGUCCUCAUAUGUGUUUCAUCACUUUCCCGGUCAUCGGCUCAAGGUCGUUCACAUCCGCAAUCCUGGUGCCUUUCCGCAGCUUCAAGCCUUCAUCGAGGAAACUAUCAUCAGGUACAAUUUAGAGUUGGUGGAACUGAGUGGGACAAUCAAAGAGGGCCUGAGGAGCUUUCUCUCUGAGAAUCCUGGGAUCAAGGGAGGCUUCCUGGGCAUGCGAAAUGCAGACCCUGGAGCUGGUCUGUUUCAUGAUGACCCAUUUGUGCACGAAACAGUUCACCAGCAAGAAUUUACACCCACGGACAGCAACUGGCCUUCUCUGAUGCGCAUCAAUCCCAUCUUCUCAUGGCCGUACAAGGAAGUGUGGAGGUUCAUCCGAUGCCUCUGUCUGCCGUAUUGCAGCCUCUAUGAUCGUGGGUACACAUCACUUGGCUGUGCUCUGACGACCCAGCCGAACCCUGCUCUCCAGAUCACUCUGCCUUCUGGACAUGUGACCUUUGACCCAGCCCACAAACUACAGGACGACAACCUGGAGAGAAGAGCUCGUGACUCUUAUGAGAGAUCCAAACUGGUGGACCUGCUUGCCACCAUUACAGCUAAUGAUGAUGCUUUCACACAUGGUAUGAAACCUGAAGAAUGGAUGGGAGACGAUGAGUCCUGCUUUGAGAAUUGA